AUGCGGACCCGAAGCGCCCCGCUGCUCAUCGCGCUGCUCCUCGGGUGCCUCCUCGGCGCCCGCGCGCAGGCGACGGUGUCGUUCAGCCCAAUCUCCGCGUUCCCCAACAGGUACGCGAGGAACGUGUGCUCGCUGAUCGCGUCCCAGGCGGAGUCCGACGGCGCGUGCCAGCUGGACUCGUACUACGGCACGACGCGCGGCCGCGUCUCGAUGGCGUUCGGCGAGACCGACUGCGUGGUGACGCUGACCGGCUGCGUCCCCGGAGUGUGCUACUCGUUCAGGGACGCGACGUCGACGAUCGAGCGGGACGACGUGCCGAGGCCCGGGACGGCGGGUGCGCCGGCGGCGAGCUUGUUCAAGGACGUGAGCGCGGUGGAGGGUGCCAGCUCGAGCUCGUUCACCAACGACGGGUUCAGCUUCAAGGCGUCGUCUUCGACGGUGAAGAUCGCCUACAGCGUGCACUCGUGCGCGGACUAUUACUCGUACAGGGGGAGCGUCGGGGUGCAGGAGUGCAGGGGGAGCUUCGCGGCGAUCACGGAGGUUGGGGCGGGGAUGCCGAACUCGCUGUCGUGUUAG